CCCCAUGCAAGUGCCAGGCACUGUAGCAAGCUCCGAAUUAGCAGUAACUGCAAUGACCUUCUCCCAUAGUCAUCAGGCUCCAUAAACCCUAGCUGGGAGUGGCCUCUGAUUAUAAUACCCUGAGUUUUCAAUUUAUGUGAAUAUUUCUUAAUGGCUGCUUCCAGCCUAGCCUUUCCAAAAAUUCUUCCUGAACGCUUUAUAAUUCACAAACUAAACUGGCUAAGAUCUGUGGUGUCACAUGCAGAGAAGGAGGUGGGGAAGCUACACUGCGUGAAAGACUGCUAGCUACUUCAUGUACAAAAUCUUAUUUACUCAUUAAGAUCAUCUUCUUAGGGGUGGGACAUGUGCAUCCCAUGUCAGGGUGCCUGGGUGUGAGUUCUGGCUCCACUCCUGACUCCAGCUUCCUGCUAAUGAGCAACUGGAGAGCCAACAGGUGCUGACUCAAAUAGCUGGGUUCCUGCCAUCCAUGUGGAAGACUCAGAUUGAGUUCUCAGCUCCUGGCUUCAAUAUACUCCAGCCCCAGUCAUUGUAGACUUCAGUGCAGACUUCAUAGUAAACCAAUGGAUGGGAUUCUCUCUCUCACUCUCUCUUCCCAAAUUAAGUAUUUUUUAAAAGAGAAACACUCAAAACCAGUCACAGCCUAUUGUCCUGGCACGCCCAAGAGAUGAUUAAGAACACGUGCAAGGAUAUUAGUCAGGAAUCUUUAGUCCUAACUACAAGCAUAAAUAGCUACAUCAUCCAUUCACAAUAUAAAUCACAAGAUAAAAAUCACAAGAUAAAAAAAUCACAGAAAAUAAAAAACUCAAACUAUAUCAACAACAUGAUGAAUCGUCUUUUCAAAAACUUUAUAAGCAAUAAUUGUAUAUAUUUAUAGGCAACAUUUCAAAUAUGCAAUGCUUACUGAUCAGGUCAGGGUCAUCACCAGUUCCCCUUCUGUGACAUUACUUUAUGGUUGCAACCUUGGAACUUUGUCCCUUUAAUUGCUCAUAAAAUAAGAUAAUUAUUAAAUAUAGUUACCCCACACGAGAUAACUCUUACAAGUCUAACACAAAAUGAAGAAAGCUCAAAGGAAUAUAUACAAAGUAUUUUAAAAAGUCCAUUGGAAAUGCAUGAACCAUGCAGAUUUUAAAAUGGUUUGCACCAAAAUAAACUUAUCUUUUAAUUCUACUUUGCCAUGAGCUCUUUGAAGUUCCCUCAAAUAAAUAAGAUUCCAUUUACAUCAAGGUCAAAAUGCGGACUGGUCAAUGGUAUUAACUAAGGCCAUAAAGCAGAGGGAAGAGAAAGGCACUGCUUACGGUCAAAGCAAUUAUCUCUGAGAAAUGACAGAGAAGGGCAGAGCGAAUGUUCUGGUUUUGGUUUUUCAUGGUUUUUUUGGUUUUUGUUUUUUGUUUUUUUUUAGUUUAAGUGGUAGUUCCUUAAUAUUAUAGGUAAACUGUACCUUUCAGCCCUAAUUGUAUUUCCCAAUUAAGAUAUCUUAAAGUAAAAACACUGGAAGAAACAAACACAGAAAGCUAUUUUUGGUGUGACCUCUCCACAUGUGGGGAAGACACCGACCAACAGUGGUCCUCUCAGGAUCAGCACGUAAAGGCAUCUACAUUUUCUUCCUUACACACACUGGUAGUUUCCGAUCUCCUAUACUUAGCGAGCAUUACUUUUUUGAAAGGGAAUAAAAGUAAAACUGCCAAAGCCCGGGGGUCUGGCUCUGAAAUUUUCAGAGGGGAAGAUUAGGGAAGGAAGAUCCACACAACGGCAACGGAAAUCAACAUGCAGCCAUGGUGACCUGCACAGGUCCCGAUGAUAAGGCCUUAGGGGACUCAGCUGAUGGAAAUCAGCAAACAUAAACUUCCCAGAUCUCAAACAACACCGCCUGCUUUCUCUCUCUCCCUUCUAAGCCUGGAAAACCUGGCAGCAGUUGAGUAAGAGAAAUGAGAUGCUAUUAUCACUCAAUAAUAGCUACGAAUGUUGUCAAGAUUUUUAUUAGGGGCUUCAUAUGUGUUGAUCCUGGCUUUCACAAGAACACAAUAAGGUGGACAUUGUUACCCUUAUUUUACUCAGCUAUCCUAGGGCUCACAGAGGUGCAAUGACUUGCCCAGAUCUCUGUUUUCAAAGUCUGUGACUUCCACACGACACCACAAUUCCCAUUUAUUCAUGUGCAUCCACUGGAAAAAAUUCAGGGUGGGGACCUGGCUAGCCCAAGGGCUACUAAGUUAUCAUCUUUAAAAGUAACUUGUAUCUUUUUUUUUCCUUCUGGGGAAAUAUUUUUUCCCUGCUCCAACCAAACAUCCAUGUCCUCCCAGAAUAUAUUUAUUAUCUCCUUUGAGAAGGGUGAAAACACUGAAUAUGACACAGAGGCUGAGAAAUGUAACCCCCUCCCAGACCUGGGGUGGGGCGAGUAAAGCAGGUGCCCAUGCAGAGGUUAUGUUCACAUUUUCUCAGAGAUAAGAGUAACAGCAAGAGUCAAGAUCUUCAGAGCACUCAGGCUGUUACUGUCAGGCAAUGCUCCUAUCAACCUCAUUUCCAAGGAUCUUUUUCUGUUUCCACUCUGCCUUAAGGGAGUUGACCUCCAUGGCUGCCUCUGAGGAGUGAACAUUCCAGGAUCAGCUUCCAGCCCCUGGGGAGAAUGCCUCCUCCUCUGCUGCUCCCAGCCCACCUGCAGUAGAAUCUUCCUACCCUGGCGUCUCGCCACUGUUCAAGCUGCUGAGGCUGGAGCUCCCCAGGAGCAAGGGCUUUCUCCAGCCUGCCUUGCAAGGUGGGUCCUUUUUGCAGCAAAAGGGAGAGAGAGGGCAGCCACACAGGAUGGGUAUGCAAAAUUCGAGGAGGAGGAGAAGGAGGAGGAGGGGGAAGAGAAAGGGAAGGAGGAGGAGGGGUGGGGAGGAGGAAGAGGAGGGAGCCCAGAGGGGGUUGGUGAGUCAGAGCAGAGAAGUCCACAGGCCGGCUGGCAGCCAGCCUCUCUCAGCAGUGGGGAAGCUGAAGCCCUUAGCAAGGGUCUUCCACACUGGCACAAUGAUGCUGCACAGAAAAGUGCGCCUACUGCUGUUCCUGUUUUCCCAGAUGGUGCUCUUUGUGCUCCUGUUCCACAAGUACAGCCAGGACUCGUUCUCCCUGUCCAGGAAGGAGGAGCCCAAGCCCAUGCACGUGCUCAUCCUGUCCUCGUGGCGCUCAGGCUCUUCCUUUGUGGGGCAGCUUUUCGGGCAGCACCCAGAUGUCUUCUACCUGAUGGAGCCCGCCUGGCACGUGUGGAUGACCUUCACACAGAGCACGCCCUGGAGGCUGCACAUGGCAGUGCGGGACCUGAUACGCUCUGUCUUUCUGUGUGACAUGAGUGUCUUUGAUGCCUACAUGUCACCAGGGCCCCGGAAACUGUCCAGUGUCUUCCACUGGGACCACAGCCGGGCCCUGUGUUCCCCACCUGCCUGUAACGUCUUCCCUCGGGACAAGAUCAUCUCCCAGGCUCACUGCAAGCUCCUGUGCAAUCGAGAGCCCUUUGAGGCAGUGGAGAAGGCCUGCCGCUCCUACAGCCACGUGGUGCUCAAGGAGGUGCGCUUCUUCAACCUGCAGUCCCUCUACCCGCUGCUGACAGACCCUUCCCUCAACCUGCACAUCGUGCACCUGGUCCGGGAUCCCCGGGCUGUGUUCCGUUCUCGAGAACACACAGUGGCAGAACUCAUGAUUGACAGCCACAUUGUGAUGGGGCAGCAUUGGCAAAAGAUCAAGAAGGAGGACCAACCAUACUACACAAUGCAGAUCAUCUGCCAGAGCCAGCUGGAGAUCUUCAAGGCCAUCCUGUCCCUGCCCAAAGCCCUGAAGCAGCGCUACCUGCUCAUGCGCUAUGAGGACCUGGUCCGGGACCCCCUGGUCCAGACGUCCCGAAUGUAUGACUACGUGGGGUUGAGAUUCUUGCCCCAUCUCCAGACCUGGGUGCAUAACAUCACCAGAGGCAAGGGCAUGGGUGAGCAUGCCUUCCAUACAAAUGCCAGGGACGCCAUCAAUGUGUCCCAGGCCUGGCGCUGGUCCCUGCCUUACACAAAGGUUUCUCAAAUUCAGAAAGUCUGUGGUGACACCAUGGAUUUACUGGGCUACCACCAGGUCAGAUCUGAACAAGAACAGAAAAAUCUGUCACUGGAUCUUCUGUCUACCUGGAGGCCCUCAGAGCAAAUCUACCAACAGGUCUGACGAGGCUCAGUCCCCACCUGGCACCAGCCUCAGCCAUGCCCUCUGAAUGCUCUGAGCCUUCACUGUGUCCUCUCAGGUACACGUGGUGGGCAGGAGCUGCACCCACACGUGCUCUGGCAGAGGAACUUUGUGUCUACGCUCCUGUCUAGAAAAAAGACUCAUGGACCUUAUACGAGCAGCACCUUCCACCAAAACAGGGCACUUGCCUCUUCUCAUGACCUUCCUAUCCGUCCUUACCUCAGAGACUUCAUGGCCUGGAUGCCCAAGGGACACCAAGCAGUGGCGUAAAUACAUAAGCCUCCCUGCCCACAUCUUGUUCAAAGGCAAAGGACGGAGACACUGAAAACUAGGAUGGGGUCUUUCACCAAAAACCUCACCAGCACAUUCCUCAGAUACAGCAACUCUGAGCCAGCCCUGGGAUUCAUGGAAGGAAACUACCAUGGAGUUGUAUGCUUACCUGUGAGCUUGGCCAUCACAGCCAUCGGUGCUGUGAGUAUGGAACAGAGCUCCUACACAGCAGAGCAAGCUCCUAGGUUCCCAGGGUGGCUGGACUGGUACCGGACAUCACUUCCCCUCUGCAUCUGCCUAUCACAUAGAGGACUCAGACCUGGGAAGCUGCCCAAUCCAGUAAUAUUCAGAGUCCAAAAUAAGAUUCGGUUUGGAAUGCCCCCUCUUAUGCUUUCUAAUUACUAGAAGUAAAUGCUCGUUCACACGAUGCCCUAACCCAAGAACAUAAUAAUCAAUCACCUUUGUAGUUUUUUUCUACCUUUGAUAUUAUCUUUCACCCACAUGUAUAAAAAUUGCUAAUUCAGUGUUUGGUAUCACACGAUGACUUAAAUCUGUUUCCUCUUAAGAAGUGGCAGAGGGGCAAGCAUUUGGUGUAAUGGUUGAGACACUGCUUGGGAAGCCCACAUCCCAUACUGGAGCGACUGGGUUUGAGUCCCAGCUCUGCGUCCAUUCCCAGCUUCCUGUUAUUAUGCACCCUGCGAGGCAUCAAGUGCUCAAGUACUUUGGUUCCUGCCAUCCACGUGAGAGACCCACGUUUAGUUCCAGGCUCCCAGCUUUGGUCUACCUCAGCCCUCACUGUUGCAGGUACUUGGAGAAUAAACCAACAGAUGGUGGCACACUUGCUUGCUGUCUCUCUCUUGCUCUCAAAAUAUUUUUUAAAGACUUCUAAAAUUACCAAAGAAGUCACAGAAAGAGGCCUAAGUUGUAAAACUCCCUUGCAUCCCCCUAGGUCCCCAGCUCUCAUGUAAUUGCUGCUGGUGGUCACUGCCUCGAACAAAAAAAUGUUAUUUCUCCCAGUCUUUGCAGUGGCUCCCAGACCUGGCUGUCUACCUUUUAAAAAGGCACACUCCCAGGCCCUACCUCAAAUUUGCUGAACUCAAGAGUCUCCAGUGUGGAGACUGGGAUGUGUGUGUUCAUCAGGCUACCCCAAGGGCCCUUCCCUGGCCAGCCUGGCAACAGGCAGCAACACUCUUUGUCUUGUUCUAACACAGGUGGCACUGUGGCACCUGCUCAGUGUCUGCCACUUAAUCCUGCCCCCCGGGCUGUGAUGAGGCUGGAAAGCCAAGAAGAAAGGGUGUGUGGGUGUGUGGGUGUGUGUGGUGUGCAUGCAUGUGUGUGUCUGCAGUUCUGUGGGCCUCUGAGUCCUGACUUUCUCAGUACAGUUAUGCCACUUCACCUUCAUUUCAUUUCCGCCUUUGGACGUGCUUCUCACUUCAGCCAGCCUUCUGGAGGCUGGGUCAGAAUUCUCCCACUCAGUUCUGACGCAUGGUGUCUCGGCUGCCCUGCUGCCCGAGAUACGUGAGCAUCUCUACCAGCUGGGUCUGUGGACGUUAACGUUCACAUGGCUUUAAAGGGGAUUUCUUCUGACAUCCAAAUCCAGUCUAGGAACUCCUCAGGAGUGGAGGAUGUCCCAGGCAAACACCUGCCUCUAUUGACCUUCCAAAACAAUCUAACAGUAAAAUUUCCCCAAGGCUAGGCUAGGGUAGCAGAGAGCAGUGUGAACACAGUGAGGAGGGUCAGUGAGGGAACAGAUCAUGAAAACAGCCAUCUCUGUUUUCCCCUCUGAAAGACCAGCCUCCAAUGGACGGUUUUAAACCAGCAACUUCUGGGGCAGGCCUUUGGUGCAGUGGCGUAUCAGAGUGACUGGGUCAAGUCCCAGCUACUCUGCUUCCAAUCCAACUUCCUACUAAUGCACACCCUGGGAGGCAGCAGAUGAUGGCUUAAGUAUUUAGGUCCCAACCACCCAUGUGGGAGACCUAGAUUGAAUUCUAGGCUCCUGGCUUUGGCCUGGCCCAGGCCUGGCUAUUGUAGGCAUUUGGAGAGUGAACUAGUGGAUGGAAUAUCUUUCUCUAUUUGUGUCUAUACCUUUCAAAUAAAAACAAAUAAAUAAUAAAGUUAGCAGGGUGAGCAGAUAGCAUAGCAGAUUAAGCCCUUGCUUGGAAUGCCCACAUGCCUGAUUCAAAUCUCAGCUACUCCAUGCUUCCAAUCAAGUUUCCUGGCAGUGCAGCCGGGAGGCAGCAAAAGCUGGUCCAAGUACUUGGCUUCCUACCACCCAGAGAGGAGACCUGGAUGGAGUUUCUGGAUGGAGCCCUGGCUAUUAUGGACAUUUGGAGAGUGAACCAGCAGAUGGAAGAUAUUCUGCCUGCCUGCCUGCCUGCCUGCCUUCCUUCCUCUCUCUCUCUCUUACUCUUUAUCUCUCUGUAACUCUGACUUUCAAAUAAAAAAAUACAUCUUUUUAAAAAUAUGUCUCAGUGCUAAAUUUCAGGGUUAGGGAAUGAGCUCUCUCAAGUUUACAGUAAACCAAAUGGCUUCAAAUGCUUAAUUUCACGGCAUCCACAGAUGUCUUAAAAAAAAAAAAAAAGACUACCCUCAAACCCUGCAGUUGGAAGAAAGACGAGGUUCUCAACAUCCCAGAACAGUUUUUUGGAAGGUGGAAAAAAGUAUAAUUUUGAAAGGAAAAGGUUGAUUCCAACUCAAUUUAACUACAUUUCUAUCUACAGUAACUAUGUGGCUUCAUUUAGCAUAUAAUUACAGCAAUUGCCAAAUUUUAAUAUAUUUUCAUUAAAGCUGUAUUAUUUUUCAACUUACGAAUAGUAGUCAUGGAGAGACACAGGCAGAGUCACUUUUUUUUUUUUUUUUUUUUUGACAGGCAGAGUGGACAGUGAGAGAGAGACAGAGAGAAAGGUCUUCCUUUGCCGUUGGUUCACCCUCCAAUGGCCACCGCGGCCGGUGCGCUGCGGCCGGCGCAUUGCGCUGAUCCAAAGCCAGGAGCCAGGUGCUUCUCCCGGUCUCCCAUGGGGUGCAGGGCCCAAGCACUUGGGCCAUCCUCCACUGCACUCCCGGGCCACAGCAGAGAGCUGGCCUAGAAGAGGGGCGACCAGGACAGAAUCCGGCACCCUGACCGGGACUAGAACCCGGGCGGCACCACAAGGUGGAGGAUUAGCCUAGUGAGCCGUAGCACCGGCUCAGAGUCACUUUCUGACGAAUUCUGCACAAAAAUCAGCCACUGUAUUGUAUGUAACACAUUUCCCCAAAAGUAUUUAAAAUUUAACACAUGAUUCAAGCCAUGGUAAGUAUGUAUAAAGGUGAAUUGCUACGUAAAUGAUCAUGACUCUUGAAUUCCUUUCACAAACCAGCAAAGCAAACGACGGAAUGGACAUGCAUGAGUGACAUAGGCUAGUUACAAGCUUCUGAUGGACAACACCUGAGGGGCCCCAAAACACUGGCCAUUCUCUCAUGGGCCAUGCUUUUCUUCGGCAAGACCCUCGGUCCUUAAGAGAAAGGCUCAUUUUUAAAUGCAGUACUGCAGGAAGGCAGUACCUAACAGAGCAUGGAGACUUAA